AUGAUAUGCUUCCGGCUUGCCUACGGAAUCAAGACAGGUCACUCACAUAAAGUAAUCAAGCAUCUUUCCGUCGCUCUUUUCAUCCUCUCAAUCGUCUUGGUUCUAUGCGACGUAAAACACCUUCGAAAGUUCACGACUUACUACAUCAUUCCCUCCCUGCCAUUCAUAGACCAAUCAGACAGACCGCCAACCUAUGAUGAUCUGAGGAAAUGGGAGCAAAAUCUGCCGCAGCACAACCUGGACCUGCAGUUUCCAGAGGGGAAAACAGGAAGAUAUGUUAUGUUCACAAGCUCGCAGGUCGAGGUUUUGGGCUGGAACAAUAAAUUCAUCAACGUAGAGUGGACGCCACAUACCCCUCUCAAUGCAUUUUUCUCUGGCCCUACUGCAGGUGGUCCUUGGGGUCCCGGAGAUAGCUCACCUCGGUCAAUAUCGGACAAAUGGUAUGAGGUUGUGUGUCCUAAAGAAGAACGCAAGUACAUCAAUACACACGACGUGAAGCCCGCCAUUUAUUGGGAAGAUGGCAUCGUUAUUUUUGAUCACUGGCGGACAAUAUUGUCCGAAGCCCCUGAGCAAUGCAUUGAGGUCAUUGCACCCCGUCCUGAGAUCGACAGCACACCUCAGGUAUUUGACCUUCAUUUGUGGGGAUCAGGUCGCAGCCUGUCAUUAUGGGAGGAAUUCAAAAAUUCUCCUGUCUCACAACUUUUGUCUGCAUCGCCAAUAGUGCGGUCUGCUAUCGAAACCAACCUUCCGUCCUUUUCACCCGGAGAGUUGGAUCUUCAAGUACCACAGUCCAAUGUAUCCAACAUAACCCCAUUCAGCAAUACUCUAUCUGCACAUAUUCGUCGAGGAGACUUUAGAAGGCAAUGUCGACAUUUCUGGACUUGGAGCUCUACCUACUACAACUGGAAUCUCCUUCCUUUUUUGCUGGACAGAUUCGAUCCCCCUCCCGGGUUCUCCUGGGGGGCAAACAUACCACAAAACUUGCCCAUAUUCCUUAAACGUUGCUGGCCAGAUAUUCCGACCAUCAUCAAGCGCAUACACGACGUGAGGGAGGAUUAUCUGAGAACCACAACAACACAAGAGCAAAAGCAGCUUAAAACUGUUUACGUGAUGACGAAUGAUAACUCUCCUUGGCUUGAUGAACUGAGGCUAGCAUUGAAACUGGACGGCUGGGAAAUUGUUUUAACUACAUCGGAUCUCAUCUUAAAUGCAGAACAGAAAGAAGUGGGUGUGUCUGUCGAUAUGGAAAUUGGGCGGCGCUCGGAGUUGUUUAUUGGGAAUGGGGUAAGAAAGCGCCGAUUGGCCAUUCAUCUCCCGACAUAUGUUAACUGA